AUGUCAAAGCCAGUUAAAAAUUCAUCCAUCGCCAAACUCGUCGAUCCAGGAGCAGUCGGUUCCGAACAGGCACAGGGAGGCCAUGUGAAGCCGGACCUAUCGAACCAAUUUGCAGCGCCCACAUCAGCCUCUUCGUCGUCAUCGUUUUCGUCCAACGGUCUUCAGAAUCAGCAAGCGGCUCAGCAGGCCAACAUACAAGCUGGCGCGGGACAGUAUUAUUCCAUGCAACAACAACAGCAGCAAGCCCCCCAACAAUACGGAGCUAGUUUUUUGCCCCCUCCGAACCCGAUGAACAUGCAGCAGGCCUACUAUAUUCCGUUCUUUCCAAACCCCUAUUAUAACCCUUCCCAGCAGCAGCAGCAGAUAUCUCAGCAAAGGUUUUCCUCUAACGUUCAGCCGAGUGGAAUGUCUCCAAAUGGCGCCUUGAAACUUCCGACUUUUUCAGGAAACAGUCCUUAUUAUCAAAAGGGCAGCCAGUUGGCACAGGCCUCGUCGAGCAUUGAGACACCAUCACAAAAUAUGAUCGCCUCCAACCCAUAUAUAGAAGGUUCCGAAUCUGGCGCUACCCUCAAACCCAAUCUCUAUGGUAACUCAGAGGCUGCCAAAAGAAGCUUACAGUCUAUUGAUCCGGAGAACGAAACAAAACCCUACAAAUGCUCUCAAUGUGAUUGGGCUUUUAUCCGACACAGCGACCUUCGCCGCCACACGAGAUCUCAUGGAAACCCAGAAUAUCACUGCCCGUACUGGCAUCCAGAAUAUGCUACGUGCCCACAUAGAAACCAGGGAUCUUUCAAUAGAUUAGAUGUCCUCAAAAGACAUUUGCGUCUAGUCCAUUUUGAUCCAGAGAUUAAAGAACAAGGAAGAGACGGGUUGGUGAGAAGACAAGAUGCAGGAACAUGUCUCUCAUGUAGCAAAUAUUUUGCCAGCAGCAAAGCUUUCAUUGAGCACGUAGACGACUGUGCUCUCAACACUCCAAUGGAACAAUGGAGAUACAAGAAAAAUGGGAUUGUAACUAGCGUGAAAAAAGAGAGAGGAAAACAAUUUGAGGAUAACUUACAGCCAAACUCUGACCAAGAAUUCCCUGGUAACAUCGAGCAAAAGGUUAUCACGGGGAACGAUAUACUAGUGAAAUCCGAGCGUACGAAAUUCAGAGAUUCAGAUUCGUCCGAGUCCUUAGAUGCUGAUCCCACAACCUCUAAAAGACUGGCCUCAUCGCUUGACGGGGCUAAAAAUGGCAACCAUGAUUACCUCAAGCGUCCAAGAGGGAGACCAAGGAAACUCGUGUCGUAA